AUGGCGGGCCGACGGAGGUGUAGCUUGGGGCUGGGGGUGCUGGUUCUGGGCGCGAUAUGCCUCUCACAUCUAGGUCCAUCCUUCAUUGGGGCGACGCCUCCCGCGCAGGCCAAGCACCAGGAGGUUUCGUCGCACGUGCCCAUGGCGGCGGAGUACGCGGAGCCAGCAGAGAGCAUGGCGCUGUCCGAUGCCUGGCUGGCAUCUUUGCCCAGCUGGACUUGGCGCGGGGUGAUUUUGCUGCUCUGCGUGCUUUGGGCCACCAACUUCGCCGUCAUCAAGGACAUUACUGCACAGCCGGGAGUUACGACUCAAAUGUACGCCGUCUCCCGCUUUUCCGUGGCGGCAGCCGCUUUAUCUCCAUGGAUCAGCAGCAUUAGCUCCCAGAAGGUGUUGCUGCGUGCCGUGGAGUGUGGCAGUUGGGUGGCCUUCGGCUACAUCGGCCAGGCCAUCGGCCUCAUGACCACCACGGCCUCGAAGUCUUGCUUCAUCUGCUCGCUGAACGUGGUCUUCGUGGCCAUGAUCAUAGGAGUCACGAAGCGGAAGUUCGACCCGCAGACGCUGGCGGCGGCCGUGCUGGCGGUGGCCGGGGUGGGGUUCUUGGAGCUGGCCGGGUCGCAGCAGUUCGUCAUAGGGGACCUGAUCUCGCUGGCGCAGCCCAUUGGCUUCGGCAUGGGCUACAUCCGCCUCGAGGAAAUCAUGGCGGAGAAUCCCAAGGAUGCUCUGCCCGUGACAGCGGUGAAGCUCAGCAUGGCGGCGCUGGCCAGCUGGGCCUACUUCGCCGCCACCUCGGGGGCCGUGGACCUGGAGCCCGUCUUCUCCAACAACCUGGCCGUGGCCGGCGUCCUCUACACCGGCCUGGUCACCACGGCUCUGGCGCUGCUGGUGGAGUCGGUGGCCUUCCGCUUCGUGGACGCCGCCUCGGCGUCGGUGAUCUUCACCACCGAGCCCUUGUGGGCGGCCAUCUUUGCGGUGUGGCUGAUCAACGAGCCCUUCUCCUCCGUGGAUGCGGUGGGUGGAGCCUUGGUGAUUUCAGCGAACAUCAUCAAGGAGAUGCCGAAGGAGUACUUGCCGUGGUCCGACUCCGACUCGAAGUAG